GCAAAAUUACCCUUCUCACAAACCCUAUCUCCUCCUUUCCCCAUCCCGUAGCCACCAUACUCCACCCCCCUGCUCUUCUCCGGCCGGCGCGCCACCGCCUUCCAGCCCGCCCCUCUCGUUUCUUCCGGCCGGCGGGCCACCCCACUUCCACUCGACGCAUCUGCUUGGCUCGCCAUUGGAUCCAUCAGGUAGACGAGGCGGCGCGCUCCCCGUCGUCGUAGCAGGGUGAGCAGGCGCCCCACCCCGCCCCCAGUCCCUCUGCUCGGGCGUCCAGACGCAGGAGCUGUCCAUCUCUCGUCGCUCCUCCUCUUCUACCAUCGGCUGGUUCUCUCCAACAGCACAUCCUAGCUGCUGCUUCAUACAUGGCGCUUAGAUUGAUACGGAGAUGAAGCUACGAGGAGCUCCUGGUGUGAAGAGGCAAUGCUCUGCUCAUAGUCUCAGCCACGUGCUGCUGUUCGUACGCUCUUGAUCUCGUCUGCCGUCCCCUCCCUCAACAUCCUCCGGGUCGCUCCAGUCCUCGCCGGGCCCGUCAGCCCUGCAACUAGCAUCGCCCUGCCAUCUCGGUCGCACUCUUACUCCUCAUAUCCCUCCCCUUCUACCGCUCUCCUCUGCUCCGGCCUGAGCGCAUCCGCUCACCAGACCAUGCUUCUGCGGCAUGGUGCACCUCUCUGCGCGCCACGAUCCCCAGCAGGAGGCCUCUUCUUUGGUGUUGGCCGCCACAGCUCUGCGCUGGUGCGGCCCGAUGUCCUUCGCCGGACCUGCUUCUUGUGGGCUGCAAAGACGAGCGGAGGAGCAAUCAGUUACCAGAUGAAAAACUCAAGAUGGAGGCCUGUGUUUGCCUUGGAGACAGGUGGACCACCUAACGCCGAUGGCGAAGACUUUGAACAGGACAGUGGUUUUCUUGGCAGGACAAGGCUUGGCCGACUCGCCCAAGCUGCUGGAAGGCAACUACUUGAAAAGCUGAACUCUGCCAGAAGCAACUCUCCCACAAAGAUAUUCCUUGUGCUCCUUGGAUUCUACACCGCCAAUGCUCUGGCAACAAUCCUAGGGCAGACUGGUGACUGGGAUGUUCUUGUUGCUGGCGUCGUAGUGGCUGCUAUUGAAGGAAUUGGCAUGCUUAUGUACAGAAAACCGGUCACCAGGCCUCCUGGACGAUUUCAGUCAUUUAUUUCAAUGGUGAACUUCUGGAAAGCCGGUGUAUGUCUGGGCCUUUUCGUGGAUGCCUUCAAGCUGGGAAGCUGAGUUCUCUGGAUUCACCUUAUCUUGUUUACGUAUCAGUACUGCGGUUGAUCCAUUGAGCCCAUCAUAACGCAAGGAUUUAACACCACAAAUGGCCAUGCGCUCAUGGAUCAAGUUUUGGUGUUGCAGUUGGCCCAAGUGUUUGCAGAGAUAGCUUAUACGUGAUCGAUUUCUUGUUCAUCGAGAUGUUGUGGAAUUAGUGUUCUUCUGGGGUGGUGUACUCUUUGUGAGGACUGAUCGUAUACCAAUGUGUUGCGAGCAUCAUCUCGCCUCAUUGGGAGUUUAGGACUGAAAAUGUACAUAUGAUUGUUGAGUUUCUCUUAGAAUCUGAGGCUGUGAUGGAACUCUUAGUCGGAUGUUCAUUUUUGUGCCACAGGGAAAUAAUCAAGGCUGCAUUGUAAAUGCUUGUGCGUAGCAGUGAUGAGCUGGUUCUUUCUUCUAUGCUUUAUGAA